CGCGCCCAGGCCGGCGAACACGGAGCAGGGCGGGGCGGGGCGGGCCAGGCGGGCCGGGGGUGUCGGAUGUCACCCCCCGCGUACACCUCGGCCCGGAGGCGGGGAAGCGAACCAUUGAGAUGAGGAGACCUCCUCGGUCCUAGAGCGGUGCAGGAAGUGUCCCAGGGGAGGGAGCCGGAGGGCUCCGGCCUUUCCUUUCCGCGGCGGCCCGGCCUGCGCGGCCCGCCAACCGGGACGCUGCGCAGCGGCGUCUCCCUUCGCUCCCAAGCCCAGCUGAUGCAUUCUAGAGGAUCACGAGACAGGGUUGGCCUGGCCAGGGACCGAGUCUGGCCCAUGCAUUGGAGCCGCCUUGGCCAAGACACCAGAGAGACCGAGCUGGAAGGUGAGGAUCUGCUCCCCUGCUGUCCCCAGGCUUCGAGGUGAAGAGCCAGCGAAUCUGAAAGAUUCAAUUUGUGAAGACCUCAAGAACAGAGACAGUGACUUUGUCUCCAAAGCGUCCAGAUUAUCGCCGCCUGGGGCUAUAUCCUCCGGGAGGACCUGCCCAUCAAAGGGUCGUCUUCUGCCGCUGACCCUCCAUCAAAUCCCAUCAUGCCCACAGCCCUGUGCCCACGAGUCUUGGCUCCAAAGGAAAGCGAGGAGCCCAGGAAAAUGCGGAGUCCUCCUGGAGAGAACCCCAGCCCUCAGGGUGAGCCUCCCAGCCCAGAGUCCUCUCGACGCCUCUUCCGCCGGUUCCGCUACCAGGAGGCCGCAGGCCCUCGGGAGGCCCUGCAGCGCCUCUGGGAGCUGUGCCGGGGCUGGCUGAGGCUCGAAAGGCACACGAAGGAGCAGAUCCUGGAACUACUGGUGCUGGAGCAGUUCUUGGCUAUCCUGCCGUGGGAGAUCCAGAGCUGGGUGCGUGCCCAGGAGCCUGAGAGCGGAGAGCAGGCUGUGGCUGCAGUAGAGGCUCUGGAACGGGAGCCAGGGAGACCCUGGCAGUGGCUCAAGCACUGUGAAGACCCCGUGGUAAUUGAUGACGGUGAUGGGCCUGCGCCUCAGGAUCUAGAACAAGAACGAAUGUCUGCAGAGUCCCAGAGCAACCCUGAUGCCCUGCCGGGGGCUCUAGCACAGGACCCUGGGCUCCUAAGCAGAUCGCCAGGCCAGCCUAGUGAAGACCCAGUUCCGCAAGAUGCUGUCCUUUCUCAGGAGCAGAGCGUCAGGGAUGCCCAGCCGGUGACCACCUGCCAGCUUCCCCCGAACCGAGUUUCCCCAUUUAAGGACAUGAUUUUAUGCUUCUCAGAAGAGGACUGGUCCCUUCUGGACCCGGCACAGACUGGUUUCUAUGGAGAAUUCAUCAUUGGGGAAGACUAUGCAGUCUCUAUGCCUCCAAAUGAGUCUCCAGUUCAGCUGGGCCACUCACAUGAGGAGGAGAACGGGUUGCGGGUCACAGAGUGGACAGACCUCCAGGAUAAAGAAGCACCCCAAGCCUCCUGUAUAGACCUCCAGCCAUUCCAAGGAGAGGAAAGAAAGAAAUGGGAGGAGCUGCAGGUGCCGGAGCCCCAAUCCUGCCAGCAGGUGGUGCUACCUCCAAGUCCUUGUCCAGCAGGAGGUGACCCACCGCCCCUCAAGAACAACCUGGACCAGGAGGUAACCAUCGAGAUUGUGCUGUCCAGCUCUGGGGACGAGGACUCCCAGCACAGCCCAUACUGCACAGAGGAGCUAAGGAGCCCCCCGGAAAACCUCCACAGCCUCCCAGCCCCCCAGAGCAACACUAGGCCUGGGGGCGAGGUGCAAAGCUCACAAAAGUCAUAUGUGUGCCCAAGCUGUGGGAAGGCCUUCCGCUGGAGGGUCAACUUCAUCCGCCACCUGCGCAGCCGCAGGGAGCAAAAGCCACACAAAUGCUCCGUAUGUGGGGAGCUGUUCAGUGACAGCGAGGACCUGGAUGGACACCUAGAGACCCAUGAGGCCCAGAAGCCCUACAGGUGCACUGUCUGCGGAAAGAGCUUCCGCCUCAACUCUCAUCUAAUCUCGCACCAACGGAUCCACUUGCAGCCAGACAAACAACAGCCCUUGAAGAAGAAUGAGGAGGAUUCACUGGAAACAGAGAGCACGGGUACCAAUGACCUGCUGGAGAAGAGCAAAGCCAAGCUGGGCUUCCAGUGCGCGGACUGUGAGAAGAGCUUCCAGCGACACGACUAUCUGGUGAGGCACCGCAGACACUGUCAUCUAAAGGACGAGACUCGUCCCUUCCAGUGUCGGUACUGUGUCAAAACUUUCCGACAGAAUUACGACCUCCUCCGCCAUGAGCGCCUGCACAUGAAGCGGCGCUCUAAGCAGGCUCUGAACUCAUACUGAGCAGGGUGUGGCCCCACAAGCUAGCCCCUGCCCCAGCACAGAACCCUCACCACCUGCCCUUUGCUCUCAGGUAGUGUCCAACUUCUGGUGCCAUGCCUCUUCCUCCCGAGAUAAAAAGCAGUCCCCUGAGCAUUCCUUCCUUCUACUGUGCCAAAACCCAGGGAGGUAAGGCAACUCUAGCCUCAGAUCUACAUCUCAGAUGUCCAGCUACUCAGCCACUUUCUCUGGCCCUCAGAGGGACUGGGCUGUCCCAUCCCAGUGACUUCUAGGGGUAUGGUGUCUACAAUAGGGAGCUGACCAAAAGCACUGACCUAUCCUCAGAAGUCAGCCUGGGGUGACUAGCCAGGGGAGCGUCCCACAGGUGCAGAUGGCCAGGCCACUGACCAUCAGGAGGUCACAUUUUAAAAGUUCAUGCAUCUAUCCCCACAUGUCUUCUUUGUACUCCAAGACCCUUCAGAAACGUGUGAUGGAAGCUGCCUGUCACCAAGCACAUCCCUCCCCACUCUGUCUAGGAGUUGAGAGCCUUCAAGGCGCUUCUGCUAGGUAAGCCAAGCCCUGGAACAGAAGCUUCUAAAGUCUUGUCCUUCAUGGGUAGUGACUCCCAGGCAUUUGCUUUAGUCCUAGCACUGACAUAAGUAACUAGUACUAAACGUAGGCUCUUCUAACAGCACGUGGCAUUGUUACAGUUAUGGAAUUUGCAAGGCCAAGGUCUGGUGUCAGUGGGCUGGUUCUCUCCGAAGCUAGAAGAGUGAAUCCUCUUGGGUCUGAUGGUCACUGACACUUGUGUGUACCCCAGGGCUUGUACAAACAUCUCUCCAUCUUUGCCUUCAUCUCCACUGCGUCGGUCUCCAAACUUACCUUCUGUACAAGGAUCCCAGUCUUUGGGUUGGGGCUCACCCUGUCUACUGUAGCAGAGCCCCACCUUCAUCUGGAGUGGCCAUUUCCAAAUAAAGUCACAUCCUGAGGUACUAGGAGUAAGGACCUCAACACUGGGGUUUGAGUGGACGUAGCCAACUCCAGCUAAUCCCGUGGUGCUGUUGCAUUCCUGCCUUGGGUGAACCAGUGCGACCUUGCGGCAGCGUGCUUGCAUUCCUCUGCGUGUUGAGCUCGGUUGUCUGCUUUCAGACUGCUGUCCUCUCUCUGCCAAGGAGAAUCUUCAUCCAUGGCCUUUAAGUUCAAAGCCUGAGAUUCUGGGAAUGGUUGUUGUUAGGAAACCUAAAGCAACCAAACAUGUGGUCCCGCACACUGGUGUCGGCCAGGCUCAAUGUCGCUGUGGCUGGACCUGACUGCAGGCAGCCUUGAGCUAUAACAGCUCUCACAGUCAGGAGGUCUGGGAAAAUGAAUUCAAGGCCUCUGGUGCUCUCUCUCCUGAUUUUUUCACAUCAAGAAGCCUGUAGUCCAGACCCUCAAAGACUAUAAGACUUUAUAACAGUUUCUUUUUCUGCUCAGUGCAUUGCCCAGAAAUAGUAAAUGCAAUAAAACCAUUUGGUCACAUCUUGGAGAAGAAAUAAACUGUUGAAGCUCUUAGUUUCUAAA